AUGUCCACUACUGGAACAAAACGAAGAAAGCGACCCACUACUACUACUAACAAUACAACGAUGGACUCAUCUACCAGCAGCAAAGUGCUCUUCAUGGCCGCCGCGAGUUUGGCAACCACAUGCGACGCCUUUUCCAUGGUGGCGCCCCCUCUUGUCAUGUCGUUAGCACGGCCGUCUACUUGGAAAACGACUGCCUUGCAUCAUCCACUACCACCUGGCCUCGAGCCCGAAACCGCCACGUUGGCACAAGAGAUCCUUCGAGGAACACCAUUCUUGGCAGAUCCUUCGCACAUUCCUCAGUUUGCGGAAGUAGAAGAACAAGAAGAAGAAGAAAGCACUUGGAGAUGGAGAAAGGACAGCAAACGGAACAAGAAGAAAGACACCAAGGCAAAAGACGCCAAGAAGAGGAGCAAGGUAUCUCAGAAGAAGGUAGCCAUUGACGGCAAGACGUCCACAGCCCCUACUACUGCUGCAAAAACGAUCAGCCACAACAACGUGCUGCUGCGAGAAGUGGCCGACUUUUUGGUACAAGAAUUUGACAAUCAGCAAGUGGCCAAAGGACGAGUACUCAUGGCUGGCGCACAAACGGGACAGACCAUGGAUGACGUUGUCUUUGCCCAGGACAGUCUGCAGGAUCUGUGGAGAGUAGCAGGCGAAGCCGUUGUGGAUUUUGGGCUCUACGAUCAAGCGCCAGGGCUUUCCUUGUUGGAUCUCAAUGGGGCUGUUUCUCUCAUGAUGGAAGAGGAUGUCAACUAGACAUAUAUUAUUAUGGAAUUGGUGUGAUGAGAUUAGAUGAUUGAACAACACACCACCAAGACAUUAUUAGAACCAACGAGGAGAAGGAUAGAGGAAUCCUGAUUUGCCGUCAUGACACGUCUGCUCUGGCACACCCAAAGGAUGAUGGUGAUAUGAAGAACGAUUAAACGCGUGGACCAGAGCAAUGCAUCCUAUAAGACCAAGGAAUCAAAAGGCAUGAGCGUCAUCCUCAAAAAAUAGAAAGACAAAGAGACUGAUGAUAAACCUAUAAACACGACGGCAUUACUUG